AAGCCAACAAACAAACCCUGUGAUCCCAGGGGGACUGGAGUCUCGACUCUCGACUUCCUUUCUCAUGCUAUGCUUGCAUUUUUCACCAGUCUAAUCGCUCGCCCUUCUCCAUUUUGACUAAUUUCUCCCGUUUCCUGCUAGUCUCCGGGGUAGUCUUAGUGCUUGUAGACUACUUGCACAAAUUUUGAAGUAUUUUCGUGCGUAGACUCCUGUUGCCACGUCUCGCUUUCGAAUUCGUAUAGGCGUUCCGUUAGUAUCGCGCCGUACAUAUAGGCUACUAUCGCCGACCUGAUCGUUCGAGAGUCGCACAGUCUCGCAGCAGCCGUACGAAACUGCCAACAGCAGCUUAGCGACAGUAACAAGUGUAGGAGCACCACCUUUUCCAGAUGUUUAGGAAACCAAGGCUCUUAGCUUGUCGGACUGUCCCUGGAACAGAAUAGGCCGCAGGCGACAUACCGCUGAAGCAGGAGACAUUGCCGUAGUCUAUCGCUGAAACAGGAGUCACCGCCGGAGAGAGAGCUCACGCUGAAGCGAGUUUCACCCUGAAGCGACUUUCACGCUGAAGCGUCUGGAGUAGCGAGGAAGCGGGACGAAUACCAAGCCUCUUUUGAAGAUCUCGCGGCGGGAAAGCGGCGAUCUCCAGCGAUGAUGCCACGUGGCGAAAGGAGAAGGCGAAGGGACGAGAAUAGCCUCCGCGGGAAAGCGGCGGCCAGAGAAACGGGUGUGUAUUCUGGUGAUAGCGAGGUCGCGGGCUCGAAUCUCGGUAGGCUUUUACCUUGCACAGGUUCACGCGGUCUCUCAAAGUUGCCUGCGACCGUGAACGAAACGGGUAACCCUUUUGCGAAAUGGAACUUUGGCGAGAGCAGAUUCCAGUCUAACCAUAAUUUACGCACCAGUAGGAGCGGAGAGUUGGGAAAUGCGUCGCAACAUCCACGGGCCAAUGUAACAGCCAGCACGGCGUCUGCAGCUGCGGCUGAGAUGGACGGCUUAGAGCCGCGUACGUACGGCAGGGAAGAUGAAACCCUUCGUACGGAACCUGACACGCAUCGUACGCGGUCCGAUAACCCUGGCUUAGCUGCCAGCGAGCCGGACAGCUUCUUUUCAGCACAGUCCGAUUACGUAUCGGGUAGCGGGGAGCGGGUUAUAGCGGGGAUACGAGACGCGAGGGAUGCUGAGGGGGAAAUGGGAAGGGUAGAAGAGGAGGUGCAGCAGCGCGCUCGCACGGGCAUCGCCGCCGUUGAUGCUUGUAAUGAAGCGCCUCAUAACGAAGAAGCGGGUGUAGAGAUGGAAGAGGAAGGGGAGGAGCAAAGUGUAGAGAUAGAGAUAGAGGAGGAGGAAGAGGAGGUGAAUGUGGAAAUCAUAGAGAUUGAAGAAGACGAGUUAAGUGUAGAUAUGGAGGAGGAAGAGGUGCAGCAGAGCAUGCACGCGGGUAUGGCUGCCGUAGACGCAUUCGUCGGGUGGGAUCCAGUGGAAACGGGGAUUAGACACUCCAUGGGAAACGAGCAGGAGGGGUCAGGGGGAGCAGAAGCACAGGUGGGUGUGACAUCCCAGGGGGGAAUGCAGCACGAGCAGCAAAGCGAAGGGGGGGAGCAAUGCGAGGGAGCGCAGCAAAGCCAGGGGGGUGGGGGGCGGCAGAGCCAGGGGUGGCGGCAAAGCGGGGGCGCACGCCCCAGCCAGCGGAGGGCGCGGCGGAAGGUGGUGCGCACGAGGCAGCAGGCGCGGCUGGGGGUGUCAGUGGUGCGCGAGCUGAGCUUCCGCCGCCUGCUCCUGGACUGGAGCCCGCCCAAGGAGGCGCGCAGGCCCGCCGCCGUGGCUGCUGUGGCGGCCAUGAGAGAGGCGGCGGCGGCAGGGGGAAGGGGGAGAGGGAGAGGGGAGCGGAAGGGAAAAGGGGAGGGGAAGGGGAAGGGGAAGGGGAGAGGGAACGGGAAAGGGAAGGGGAGGGGGAAUGGGAGAGGGGAUGGGAAGAAGGUGGGGGAGGUUGAGCCGGGUGGAGCAGCAUCAGGAGCCGCAUCAGCGCCAGGCAUAGCAACGUCAGGCGUAGCAACGUCAGGCGUAGCGUUAGGAGCAGCAUCGGGAGCAGCAGCGGUAACACGAGCAGCAGCAGCAGGCAGGGUAGGCACGUGUAACGCUGCUGGUUCGUCUGGGAGGGUUCCGUUAAGGGGUAUAGCGGAUGCUUGGGAUAGACUGGGCGGUGCUUCACCGAACGCUGCUGCCUCGUCUAGGAGAGCUGCGUUACAGGUUAUAGCGGAUGCGUGGGAUAAAGCGCGCGCUGCUGCAGCAGCAGGGGCAGCAGCGAGAGCGAGGAAAGAGAGGGCGGAGAGGGCUGAGAGGGCUGAGAGGGCGGAGAGGGCGGAGAGGGCGGAGAGGGCAGAGAGGGCCGAGAGGGCCGAGAGGAGAAGCAAGGCUAAGGCCCGAGAUGCUUUGUGGGUGAGACGGCAGAGCUUAGAACGAGGGCUGAAGGGGGUGGCGACGAGAGGGGCGGAGGGAGGGGAGAAGGGAAGACCUUGGAAGGGGACGAGGGGGAAGUCGAAAGAGGGAGAGGUGGGAGUAGGGGCGGCACCAGGAGGGAGGUGGAAGAGGGGAGGGGGGGGGAGGCUGGACAGGAGAUUGACGCCUGAGGAGAAAGGCAAAGGGAUUGUGGUCGAGAGCGACAGUGAGGAGUCAGGGGAGUACGAGGAAGAGUCCGGGAGUGAGGACGCGUGGGGCAAUGAGGGCGAGAGUGUUACUGAAGAUGCGAGAGAGAAUGAGGCAGGGUAUGAGAGGGGGACGGGGGCUGUUUUGCCCUGUGGAGUGACUCCGGAAUUUAUGAAGGUGCUGCUGAGAAAGGGACGGAGGGAGGGGGCAAGGGACAGAGAACAGAGGGAGGGGUUGACUGGUCCCUCUGUUGUAACUUCAGUGUUAAAAAGGGGAGAGAGGGGGGUGAGGGACGGAGGACGGAGGGAGGAAGCAGGCGGUCAGGCCUGUGGAGUGACUCCGGAAUUCAUGAAGGUGCCGGUUAAUAAGGGACGGAGGGCAGGGACACGGGACGGAGGGCGCAAUGAGGAGGGGGCUGUUCUGCUUAGAGGUGAUCAACCCUGUGGAGUGACUCCGGAAUUCAUAAAGGUGCUGGUUAAUAAGGGACGUAGGGGGGGGAAGGACGGAGGAGGCAGUGGGGAGGGGGCUGGUCCCUCUGCUAUAACCCCGAAUUUCAUGAAGCUGCCAGUGCAAAAGGGACGGAGAGGGGCGGGGGGUAGAGCACAGGGGGGAGUGAGUGACGGAGGAGGGAGAGGGGGGAGGGGCAGAGGACAGAGAAGAGGGAGGUCGGGAGGACGGAGGGGGGUGAGGGCUGGUUUGCCCUGCGGAGUGACUCCGGAGUUUAUGAAGGUGCCGCUUAAAAGGGGACGGAGGGGGGGGGCGAGGGACGGAGAACAGAGGGAGGAGGGAGCUGUGCCGACUGGCAGUGCGAGCUCGGAUGUGGUGGAGGUGUUAUCUGAGGAGGGGGAGAGCGACACAGGCUCUGAGGACGACUUUGCGCUGACUCAAAAGUCGCAUAUGGUGGAGGUGGUACCUGGGGCGGGGAGGUGCGACACAGGCACCGAGGGUAAUUUUGGGUUGACUCCAAAAUCACACCUAGUGGAGGUUGUACCUGGGGCGGGGAGGAACGACACAGGUAGUGAGGACGGUGCAGUGGCGGCACUAGGCCCUUUGCCUGAUGGUGCCAUGGAGGGGACAGAGGGGCAUGGUGUGAACCAGGGGGCAGGGAGAGUAGAAGGGAGAGUAGAAGGGAGAGUGGCAGGAGGAGGGGCGGGGAGAGGGGCAGGGAGAGGGGCUGGGAAACGGGAGAAGCCAGGUGGGAAUGAGAAGGCGAGGUUGCAGGGUGGGGAGCCUCAGGGUGGGGAGCCUCAGAGUGGGGAGCUGCAGGGUGGGGAGCUGCAGGGUGGGGAGCUGCAGGGUGGGGAGCUGCAGGGUGGGGAGCUGCAGGGUGGGGAGCUGCAGGGUGGGGAGCUGCAGGGUGGGGAGCUGCAGGGUGGGGAGCUGCAGGGUGGGGAGCUGCAGGGUGGGGAGCUGCAGGGUGGGGAGCUGCAGAAUGUGGGGCGGCAGGGUGGAAAGAAUCCGGAUCGGAGUGAGCAGCCUAGGGGCCGAGGUGGGCGGUUGAAGCCAUUUGGUAGGAACGGGCGUGGAGGGAGGAAGCGGAAGCGGGGAGAGGUGGGGGAAGGAGCGGGAGCGGAUGGGGGGGAUGCAGCUUGGUCCGAUGAAGCAUCGCAGGGUGUGACUGCAGUGAGGGAUGCGGCGGGAGAGGAUGGGGGAGAUGCAGUUGGGGGAGCCACAGGAGCAUCGCUGUGUGUGACUGCAGUGAGGGAAGGGGCGGGAGAGGAUGGGGGGGAUACUGCUGGGACAGUUGAAGGAGCAUCUCUGGGUGUGACUGCAGAGAGGGAAGGGGGUGGUUUUGCAGCAAGGGCUGCUGCAUUCGGGAGUCCAGUGGAUGCCGCAUCUCCCAUUGCUGCACAUGCGAAUGCUGCAUCCCCUAGUGCUGCACAUGCCAACGCUGCCAGUGCUGCCAAUGCAGCCAGUGCACCUUCCCCAAGUGCACCUUCCCCCAGUGCACCUUCCCCCAGUGCGCCUGCCACUGCCGACUCGCCACUACCCAGCACGCCCCCUCAGGCCCGCGCACGUUCCCCCUGCUCCUCUCCGCCCCCUCCUCCUGCCUUUCCUCCACCUCCUCCUGCCGCUGCUCCCACGCCAAGCUGCAGAGGCGCGGGCAAGUCUCCCACUCGCAGCCAAGCAAAUUCUCCCAAGUCCCCCACUCGCAGCCGAGCAAAUUCUCCCAAGUCCCACACGCGUAUCCGCAGAGGCCGAUCAAAGUCUCCCACUCGCAGCCGUGCCAGUGCCCCCCCCGCUCCCACUCGCAGCGGCGCCAGUGCCCCCACCCCUCCCUCUCGCAGCCGUGCAAAGGCCCCCACCUCUCCCACUCGCAGCCAUGCUAAUCCUCCUAGGUCCCUCCCGGUUUCACCCACAGCUGCCCCCAUCUGCUCUGGCAUCACGCACUUGGAGUACUCCAGAAGUGGUCGCCCUCGCUUCCCCCCCAUGGCUUACUGGAAGAACGAGAGGGUCUUCAGCCCAGUGGUGCUCGAUUGCCCAGCGGUGGUGUUUGGGCAGCCUACCACGCGUGCAGAGGAACUGGAGAUUAUAACAAAGGCCUUGUUUGGCGGCCAGACUGCUACCGACGGGAAGGAGCUGGGAGGAAUCGAGGAGGAGGGGGAAGAGGAGGGAAGCGGAGAAGGUGGAGGGGAGGGAGAAGAGGAGAUUUCAGCUCUUGCUGUGCUGCUUAUAGAGAAGGGCGCUGUAAAGGAGGUUGCUGUAAAGGAGGGUGCUGUAAAGGAGGGUGCUGUAAAGGAGGUUGCUGUAAAGGAGGGCGCUGUAAAGGAGGGUGCUGUAAAGGGAAAGGACGCUGUAAAGGAAAAGGGCGCUGUACGGAGAGUGAUUACAACGAACGAGAUGGAGGGACCAGAGGCAACAGCAGGCGUGAUGAUAGCAGGAGCAAGGAAAGCGCCUGGCAGAGCUGCCAAGGCUGCUGCUCUGGCUCGGAUCUGCCGAACCUCGAGGCCUGGGCAGCAGGGACGGCAGGGGACGGCUGGGCAGCCGGAAAGAGGGGGAGCGGCUGCUGCAGGGGUAAUGGGGAAGGUUGGGGAGGGGGGUGGGGGAUUGGUUGGGGUUGGGGAAGCGGCGAUGGAGCAAGGGGAGAGGCAAGCGAAGGGGGGAGCGAAAGGCCUCAAGAGGAAAAGAGAGGAGGUGGAGGGGAAGGAAGUGGGGAGUGUGAGGGUGACUAGGUUGAUGGCUAAGAUGGCUCGAGAGGAGAGUGGACAGUCAGGAUCCGCGGUUGGCGCUGAGGCUGCUGGUAGUGAUGUGCUAGAGAGAGGGGAUGGAGGGACGGAAGAUGGGGAUGCGGGGAAGGGGACGGACGAAGAAGAGCUCGAGAAACGGAGGCUGAGGGGGAAGGGGAAGGUGGUUGAGAGAUUACGAUCUGCGGCGGCUCAAAACCAGAGAGGAAAGGGACAGGUGGGGGCAGAGGAGCUUGCAAAACGGAGGCUGAGAGGGAAGGGGAUUGCGAUUAAGGAAUUACCAGAAGUCGGGAAAAGGUGGGAGGUGGAGGAGGAAGAGAAGGAGGAGGAGGUGGAGGAGGUUCGGCAUAAACCCCCAUCCCCAUCACGUGCCCCCCCAUCCGCAUCCCACCUCCCUCCAUCCUCAUCCCACGUGCCCCCUUCCUCAGCUCACCACCUCCCAUCCCCAUCCCCGUCCCGCAACCCUCUAUGCCUGGCCUUGGUCCCGGCACCUCCCCCACCCUCCCCCGCUCCCUCUGUCAACCGCUCCGAAUCGUUUCGACACGCCCCGUGCCCCUCUGGUGGCUCCAUGGGUCCCUCGCCAUCCCUUGUCUCUCAAAACCCCGCCUCUCAAAGUCCUCCUGCGCCCUCUCCUCCCCGCGACCACAUGGGGUGGACGCCAGGGGAAGUUAAAGCCUACCACGAAGCCAUGCACGAGGUGCCAAUAGACUCGGAGAACUUCUGGGGGAGGGUUGCCCUCUGGGUGCCUGGCAAGACUGCGACUGAUUGUUUCAACCGCCACCAUUCGCAGUUCGGCACGCCUCCCCCCCGCCCCCCACGCCCCCGUAGGGUGACUAGGGACGGGGGGAGUGAGCAGGGGCAGCAGGGGCAGGAGCAGCAGCUGCUGCAGCAGCAGCAGCAGCAGCAGCAGCAGCAGCGGCAACAGCUGGUUUAUGGGAAUUUGGAGCAAACUGCCUUUGUUGCUGCGUGUGUAGGCGUGAUGUCCAAGGGGGCUGGGGUGUUCAAGCUGCCUCGAUCCAAGGCGGGACUGAUGGUGGCGGCACACGUUAGGAUGAGGGACAAGUGCGCCUUUGAGACGGUGGUGGCGAUCCAGUCCCUUGGGAAGGACGACUUCACGCAGCGCGACGAGGAGAUCAGCGCCGUGGCGUCAGUCGCGCCCCGCCUGGCGCUCGUGAUGGCCUCUUCCGCUCGCGCCAGGCUGCAGACCCAAGCAGAGAGGCAGCAGAGCCGGGCUAGGCUGCAGAGCCAAGCAGCAGCGGCAGCCGCAGCAGCAGCAGCAGCAGCAGCCACGGGAGCUGCUGCUUCUGCUGGAGGGGAACGUGCAGCAGGCUUGCGGGGUGCGGCGAGUGGUUCGGGGGAUGGGGCAGGAGGCUCGGGGAAUGGGGCACGAAGCUCGGGGAAGGGGGCGGGUGGUUCGGCGGGGGAGAACCCCGAGGGCUGGAAACGCAAUGGGGAGAAGCGCAAGCACGAGACGUACAUUGAUCGCAUCAUUCGGGAGAGGCAGAGCAGCAGCAGCCUGCCACGCCCGCGCACAGCAGGGGAGGAGGAAGAGGUGGAGGACGGGGAGACAUAUGGAGAGGAAAGGGUCCCGGAUCAGCAUGUACUGACAUCUUUGGGCCGUGCCUGAAUCUGCUGUGUGGGGGCGUGAGAGGCGAGACGGAGAGGAAGGCUCUGGUGAGUGCGUAUGAGGAGCAGAAGCGGCAGCUGCAGCUCACUGCAAAGCGCGCAGAGGCGCUUGCUAUCUGUGGGAAUGGCGCCGGUGGUGGGGGUCGGGGGUGUGGUGUGUGGGAGAUUGGCACAUGGAGCGAGGAAGAGGAUGAGGGGGAGGAGGAGGAGGAGGAAGAAGCGGAGGGGUAUAUGGGGUGCAUUGAGGGAGGGGGGGGAGUGGGAGAAGAGGAGGGAGAGUGUGAGAGGUUGGAGAAUGGGGAUGAAGAUGAAGAGGAUGAAGAGAAAGAGGAGGAAGCUGAGGAAGAGGAGGAAGAUGAGGAAGAGGAGGAAGAGGACUUGGAGGAAGAGGAAGUGGAGGAAGAGGAAGGGGAGGAAGAGGAAGGGG